AGAAGCAAAAUCUGAGGUAUUAGGCCAAGGGUCUGAGAUGAAGUCUGAGCCCCAGGGCCAAAGUACAAAAUGUUCUGACUUCACACCUGAAACAACAUCCCAAAAUAUGAAAUUAAAACUAACUCCCAGGUCACCGAUGAAAAGUAAACCAAUUUCGACCAAAAUUCAAAGGGUCAAGCUAGAUGUUAAACCAGGGCCCCAGUCCCAAAAUAUAAAAUCAGAUUCAAUUCUGAAGACAAAGCCUCAAGAAAUGGAGAUGGAAGACUGUGAAUCAGGCCCACAGUUACAAGAUCUUAAAUCUUUGAGGACGAUCAUGGGUGUAAAAGUCCAAGAUGUCAAAUCUAUGAGCUUCAGUCCUAGAACACACGUGGAAAGUAUGCCAUCUGAAGUCAUCACAGAGAAGAAUGUCCUUGGUAUGAAACCAGCAGAAAUGAGCCUACGAGGUGAGACACCCGUGGUCACCCCAAGGAAGUUGCUUUUAAGCACACAGUCUAUAGGGCUGGAUUCAGGCUUUAAUUUGCAAGAUUUGAAAUAUCCUGAGCUGAUCAUGGGCAUGAAACUUCAAGGUAUAGACUCUAUGGAAGGACACGUGAGAAGUAUAAAACCUUCUGAGGUGAUUACUGGGAUACAAGAUGUAGAAUCAUCUGAGUUGAGCCCUAGUCCAGACCUUCAGGGUAUAAAAUUUAAGGUGUUCUAUCCUGGGUCACACUUGGAAGAUGUGAAUUCUGCAUGUACUCCCAAUAUACAUUCUCAAUACAUAGAUUCCAGUGGGUAUAUACCUGGGCCAUAUCUGCAAGAUAUGAAUUCUUCUGUGUGGAUUCCACAGUCAAACAUUCAGUGUAUAAAUUCUGAGUGCAAUCCUGGAAUACAUUCAGAUGGGAUGAAUUCUUCCUCUUGCUUUUCGGGAUCAAAACUGCAAUGCCUAUGUUCUACUGGGAGCACCCCUGAGUCACAUUUGCAAGACAUAAAUUCUACUGAAUUCAUCCCAGAGCCAAGUCCUCAGUAUGCAAAUUCUUCUGCAUGCACCCCAGGAUCAAAAUGUCAGUGUGCAGAUUCUUCUGCAUGCAUACCAGGGCCAAGUCCUCAGUGUGCAGAUUCUUCUGCAUGCACCCCAAGAUCAAAUGCUCAGUGUGCAGAUUCUUCUGCAUUCACCCCAGAGAAUCCUGAAUUACAUUCGCAAGCUGGGAAUUCUUCUGUAUACACUCUAGGGCAAAACCAUCUGUGUGAAAAUUCUAAUAGGUAUAAUCUUGGGCCACUUUUUCAAGGUAUGAACUUUUCUUCAUUUCCACCACCACAAAUUCUGUGUGUAAAUCCUGUUUGGUGCAAUACUAGAAUACAUUUGAAAGAUAUAAAUUCUUCUGCAUGUACUCUAAGUCAACAAUCUCAGUCUGUAAAUUCUAUUGGCUACAACCCUGGGGCACAUUUACAAGCUCCAAAACCUCAAGAACAGCACUUGAAAGAUUUGGUGUCUGAACUAAAUCCAGGGUCAAGCAAUUUGGGUGUAUCACCUUCUCAAGAUAUGAAUUCAUCUAACUUAAUGCUAGGGGCAAAGUUUCAAAAGAUCCCAGUUUGCAAGAACCAGCUUGGGUCGCGGCAGCAAAGUACACAACCUAUAUUUACUUUGAGGCCUCAGUCAAAUGGUGUGAAUUCUGUGGUUUUACCUACGUCGCCUCCGGAAGAUAGAAAGUUUCCAGAGAGGAGCACACACACACCCUUUUGUACAAAUGCUGUAAAACUGACUCCUGGCAGUGAUCAGAAUGACAUGAGAAGAAGUAGGGUAUUUUUGAAAGAACCUCUUUCUCAAAAUGUUCAAGCCAUACAUUUGAAGCCAGCAUCACAGUCUCAAAGUGUGCGGUCUUCAAAAGAACCAAUGAUAGUAUUGCCACCACAGUCCACCAGGAAGCUCUUAGCAGGACCAUCACUGACCAGUGUCAAAUUCUCAGAUUUGCCACUGAAAUCAGAGCAGAAAAAUAGAAAAUCUUUGGCAUUUCCUUCAGAGCCAAAGUGGCAAGGUGUAAAACAGGUGAAAUUGUCAUCAGUGUGUCUGCAGGAAAUUGGAAAAUCUGUGGAGUUACCACCAAAAUCAAUUUUUCAAAACGUGAAACCUGGGAACCUUAUGCCCCAGACAAUUCAUCCCCUCACAGAAUCCAUGAGACCAGAGAGACAGGUGGAGGACUUUGCAGAGAUGAGCAUGAAGCCUAGGUGUCAAGUCCCUAAAUCGGUGCAUUUUACUUCACCACCAGUUUCCCAAGAUGUGGGAUCUUUAGAAUUUACAAAUGGGGAGGUAAAUAAAAGCAGAGAAAUGACAGGGAAGUCUAUGAGGUUGAGCUCCAAACCAACAGAUAACAUCCUAGAAUCGUUAGAGAUGCCCCUGAAGCUAGAUCUUCAAGUACCAGAAUUGUUUGAUCUGACUCCAACACUAAGUGAUCAUGAUUUAAAAUCCUCAGAGCCAAAUCUACAGAAAAGCUACCAGCUCCCAGAACCUCCUGAGUUACAUUCUUGGUCGUGGCCUCAAUUUCAAGAUUUCAAGAAGUUACAGACAAAAGAGGGUACAGAAUCUGAUAGAAUGACCCUCAGCUUCAAGAACCAUGUUGCAGACACCAUAGAGUUUACUUGUGAAGCAAGACAGCAAGGGGAAGAAUUUAGAAUGACUCCAAAGGCGAUAAAUAGAGAGAUUGAAUUCAUAGAAAACUCUCCAAGGCCAUGUCCUCAAGACUUAGGACCUCUGGGGGUGGGCUCUAAGGAAAGAUCUCAAAGGGAACAAUCUGUAAUAACAACAAGGCCAUUCUGUCCCAUCCCAGAUUCCACUUCAGGAAUAACACCAGGGCCAGGACCUCAGAUUCCCAAAUCUAAAAAUUUGGCCUCUAUGGAGUGGUUGCACAAAGAAUCCUUUGACUUGGCAGGCAAGGAUAAGAGUCAAGUUGUGGGAAAGAGAGACUCUGUAGAGCUCACCUUUGGUACACAGCAGUCAGGAUGGGUAGCGGCUAAGCUAACAAAACCUCAGAAUCUGAGCCUGGAAAAUAUAAGCAUCACUCCAACAGAAUCACUGGAUGAAAUGAUAAACGUUGUAGGAAUUAGUGUAAAGCCAGGAGAUCAAGUAACAGAAUCUGUGAAGACACAGCUUUCAGUUCCUCACUCAGUGGCCCUCCCAAAAGUGUGUGAAUUUGUGGAAGUGAUCUCCAGACCAACACUUCAAGUUGCAAAGUCUGUGAUGAUUCCAGAAAGUAUCCCUCAAAUGUCAAAAUACAAUGAUUUGACUUCCAGAACACAUGAUGUGAUAAGUUCAAAAUUUCCUCCAAGCCUUCAGCUACAAAAUGUGCAAUCCAAAAAAGUAGUCAUAGAGCCAAAACAUCAGGCUUUAGAAACAAAACAACGGCCAGGCUUUCCACUAAUAAAGACUGUAGUAACUGCCAAACCAUUGAUUCAGAUCGUAAAAUCUGAAGAAGUGGCACCAGGACCAUGUCCCCAGGCUGUAGAACCAAUAGGACUGGGCAUGAGACCAAGCAUUAGAGUAAAGGAGUGUUUGAAUUUACACCCAAGACCACAUCUUCAAGACCUGGUAAAACCUAUGGAGUUAACUCAAAGGGCAGAUAUUCAAGUGACUUCUGCAGAAUUAAUAUCUCAGCAAACAUCUCCCCUUAAGGAACCUAUAGUGUCAACUCAUGAGCAAAGGCUUCAGGCUGUAAAAUCUCUAGGUCUCAAAACAAAAUCUUCUAAAAUAAAGAAAAUGAAAGAUUCGAAUCAAGGAUCAGUGUGUCAGAAUAAAGACUCUGGCAUGAUCGCACCAGCAAAGUUAGAUGCAGAGAAUUCCUUAUCUAGAUCCAUACACAGCCCUUCAAUCCCAUGUCCUUCUAUCGUUGACAGAACAACUGAAUUAGGGCACAGCCAGGGUUCUGGGGUGCCCGAAGUUUCCAGAGCUUUUGGUAUGGAAAACAUUGGUGUUGGUAGUUUGCAGUCUUCAAAGUCCUAUACAGACAAUACUAUGAAAAAAUCAUCAGUUCUUCCUUUGGUCCUUCAAAAUCUACCCUCUGAUAAGACAGGGGACAGCAAGGGAACCAGGUAUCCUGAUAUCUGGAGCAUGAAUGUCUUAUCCAAGGAAGAAAGUGGAAAGAAGAAAAUGGAGGAAUUCCAGAGGUAUUCUUCAUACCCAUUCAGAUUACUAUCCCAGGAGUUUCAGGCAGGAUUAGUGGCUCGAAGAAGCACUAUCCAUUCUUUCCUGGGCAUACAGCAGAAUGUCUGGGAAAGCCAUGUCUGUAGGCAGAGACUACCUAGAAAAUACCUCUCCAGUAUGCUAAUGCUGGGGAAUGUCCUGGGAACCACUAUGGAAAGGAAGCCUUGUUCUCAACCCUUUUCAAUAGAAAGAUCCACUAUGGACAGUUGUCAAUCCAUCGAAAAUUUAUUUGGGGUUCCAGCUGAACUGAUGGAAUUUUCCCAAAGCCUGCUAGAGAGGGUUCCAAGGACCAUGUCUCAGACGUCAGUGGAUAAAAAGUACAUACAGAGACAUAUUUUAUUUCACAGUAAUGAGAAGAAAAUGCCGCUGAAGAUGUGGACCCGCGGCUCCACAUCUUCCAUAAUACAGAGAUUCUCUGGCACAAGAUUGGGAGUAAGGAAACCAAGCUCAAAACCCCACGAUAUUUUCCAGGAAGCCACUGAGCAUGUGUCCGUCUCAUGUACCGGGACCUGGUUUCCUGACUUGAUGAGAUCAGAGAUACUUUACACUAGGGAAGAUUCUGUUUCCAGGGAGCAGAGUAAAAUCUCACCAUGUGCACCGAGUAGGACUUUUGAGUCUCAGCAUUCCCUCAAGACAAGUUCUCUCUCCCAGUCAAACACCGAUAACUCAGAACAUCUUCUAAGAGAACUCAAGUUAAAAAUAGCAGGAAAACUCAUAAGAAGUCAAAUACCCCACAAUGUCCCUCCGCCUCUAGAUUCAGGUCUUGUCCUAAAGUAUCCAAUAUGCUUAGAAUGUGGCCGAUGUUCAGGCCUUAAUUGCUCUCAUAAGUUACAUUCUGCUUGGGGGCCGUACCUUCUCAUCUACCCACAGCUCCACCUUUUAAACAGCCCUGAAGGCCAUGGUGAUGUUCAAUUGCAUCUUGGAUUUAAAUUAGGGUAUCCACAGAAAGGUACUGCAUCACCAUCACAUAGAGAAGCUAGAUUCUCUAAGCUGGGUUCCAAGCAUCCUGGCUAUGGAAGCAAUCAGGAUGAAACAUGGAUUAAAUCAAGCCUCAGAAAGACCUCUGUCUUGACAGAUCCUUUGAAGAAAAUUGUCAAGGGACCUAAAACACAAAACACAAGGCUAUACAAAAUCAGUCCUAGAACACUGAGGGGUCUGUCAAGAAACAGAAUUGAAACCCCCCAAACAAGCACUGUUUCUUCCAAGACACAACCUAAGAAAUCCUCUCAGCCCAAAAUCAUCCAACCACUUGUUCAAGGCCUAAGGCAGGCAUUCCAAGCAGCACAUAGAAUUGUGACUUUUACGGGCCGGAAAUUAAAGAAGAUGAGGCCAGACAAGUUGUGUUCAGUCAACAACGUGUGCCCCAAACAAAAUGCCAAUGAUUACUUCAUGAGAGAUAGCGAAGGAGCGAGGACACCAGCUGUCAGGCUCAGGUCAACAGGCUCAAGCGCUAAGCAAAAGGACACAUGUCAGGGAGGAAGUGAGCGUGGUAGACAAGCUCCACAGCCCAAACCAGCGAGCUCUCUCCCACCCAGACCCUUGCAAUCGCAGAAGACCAUGGUUCGUGGAAGAGAUGACUCUAAACAAGCUACUCGAGUCCCCAAAAUAAUGGACAAUGUCUACGGUGAUGAAGCACCAAAAAAUCAACCACAGCAACUCGGCUUCUUCAGGGAGAGAACCCCAUGUAAUAAGCCGUCUGAAAGAAGCCAUUGCCUGCUUCCUCAGGGAACUCAUUGGCAAAAUCUCUCUAAGAGGAGACAUCACAGUCCUUCUCGGAGAAGGCGUAGCAGUCCCUCUGACAGAACCCUUAGAAGUAUUUUGGAGAGGAUAUAUUGCAAUCCCUCCCAGAGAAACAGUCUCAGCCCCUCCUUAAGAAGUGUAUCUGAGAGAAGCCAAAACAGUGUAUUUAAGUGGAGAAGCCACAGCCCCUCCAGGAGGAGCCUUCGAAAUCCCUCAAGGAGGAGCCCUCAAUUUCACUCAAGGAGCCCUCAAAUUGGUUCAAGGAGCCCUGGAAUUCGCUCAAGGAGGAGCUCUCGCAAUCCAUUGAGAAGUCCUCAUAGUCCCUCAGGGAGGAGCCCUCACAGGCACUCAGUCAGAAGUCCCUGCAGUCCUUCAGGAAGAAACAGUCACAGUCCUUCAAGGAGGAGCCCCCAUAGGCGCCCUUGUAGACCUCUAGAGAGGAGGCAUAGCAGUCCCUCUGACAGAACCCUUAGACGUCUUUUGGAGGGGAUUUAUCACACUCCCUCCCAGAUCAAUAGUCUUAGCUCCUCCAUAAGAAGUCUGUCUGACAGAAGCCAUAACGGUCUAUUUAAGGGGAGAGGCCACAGUCCCUCCAGGAGGAGGCCUCAAAGUCCUUCAGGGGAAAGCCCUAGCAGUCCCUUAAGAAGUCCUCGCAUUCCCUCAAGGAGAAUCCCUCACAGUCCCUCAAGGAGGAGCCCUUGCAGACCUCUAGAGAGAAGAGGAUGCAGUCCCUCUGUGAAGAAGAGUCUACACAGUCAUUUUGGGAGGAGCCAACAGAGUCCCUCUUCUCUGAGAUGCCUCAGUACCUCAAAAAAGAGCCAUCUCAUUCUCAUGCGAAGGUCACAGGGCAGUCCUUCAGAAAGGAGCCAUGGUGAUUUCUCUGAAAGAGCUUUUUCCAUUCCCUCUCGCUGGAAGAGAUGUAGUUCCGGUGAUGGACUCUACCCCAACAUUACCUGGCAAUAGCCAGGUAUGCCUGGCCAACUAUAAAAGGGGCUGCUUUUCCCUUCUUCUUUCUCUUACUGCUGCUCUCUUGCCCCCUUUCUCCCCUCUUUCCCCAUUCCCUGGCUGGCCUCAACUUCUUUGCUCUCUCCUUCUCUCUGCCUUCCUCUGCUGCUACUACUCUCUUAACUCUUCUCCCCAUACCCUAAAUAAACCCUAUUCUAUACUAUA